AUGAGUUCUAAUUCCCAAUGGGAUUCAUAUAUUGAAGGAGGAGUUUUAAUCGAUGUCAGGACUCCUGAAGAAUGGGACGAAGAACAUAUUGAAGAAGCAAUACUUAUUCCAAAUUAUGAGUUAAAAAAUGAAAUUUCGAACUAUGUCCCAAAUUUGGAAACACCUAUAAAUGCUCAUUGUGAGCAUGGUAUCAGAUCUGCAAACGCAAAGGCUCUUUUAUUAAAAUUGGGAUAUAAGAAAGUUGCAAAUUUGGGAAGUUAUGGAGCAGCUAAAAGAGCUUACAAUGAAUACAAGAAUAGAAAAUAA